AAUGUUAUAAUGAAUUAUGAUAAUAUAUAACAAAUUAAUACAUUUAAAUAGAUUACCAAAAACCUAUACUUCAACGAGUUCUUAAUGUUCUUAUCAAUGUCAUUAGAGCUUAGCUAUUUCGAUUGGAAUAAUAAUGAGUAUAUUAUCAUUUUUCUCCGUCCUAAUCGCUUAAAUUGCAACGUUUUAUUGAUCGUAGUAUUACGGGCAUGACGCAUGACCAUAUAGAUGUUUAUACUAUACUAUGUAUAUAUAUAUUAUAUAUGGUAUACUAUAUACAUCUCGAUGCGCAUGACUGUUUAGUAUGUUUCGCUUUUGCUGAUCCCCAAGCCGGCCCGGCGUGUUCAAAUAUAUUUCAUUACUUUAAUUCGCCUUUAACGUAGUUCUCCUGGUACUGUUUAUUGGUUUACGUUAUUUUUACAUAAAAAUCAAUCAGUCGAAAUUAGUUAGCUACAACAUAAGUUAGGUACGGAGGAGACGUGCUCAUAUAAAGCUACAUUUUUGUAAACCGAUAAAGUUGCAGUCACCUUUUGUUCGGUGCCCCUAAUAGACGUGCUAGUUUUCAUCACUUUUUAUUUGUCCGUCAACGACGUAUUUUGUGAAUCCAAACACAAAACCGCUAGCACCGAAUACAGGAUGGAUAUUGACAUGAAUAUUAAUAUGGAUUUUGAAAGUCGUUUGAAAACCUUUAAUGAAAAUUGGAGUCUAACUUUUAUAUCACCCUUUGAAAUGGCCCAAGCUGGUUUUGCUUACUUAGGUGUUAAACAUCUAGUGAGAUGUAGUACUUGCAAAAUAAGACUUUCUACAUGGCGAAAUGGUGAUAAUCCAUUAUGUAUACAUUUUAGUAUCGCUACUAAUAGAUGUGGAUUUCUUCGAGAGUCUAUGACGACAAGUAGAGGUCGUAUGAAUACGUUUCAAGACUGGCCUGUUACCUUUUUAAAACCUCGUGAUAUGGCCAAAGCUGGUUUUGUUUACACAGGUGUUGGAGAUAAGGUAAAGUGUUUUACGUGCUUGGAAGAAUUUGAUAAAUGGGAAAAAAAUGAUACUCCAAUGGGUGAACAUAUGAAUCACAGUUCACAAUGUCCAUUCGUGAUUUCAUACAAAAGAAAAUUUAACAAUCCUUCUGGUCCCUAUGGCUUAACCAGUUUGGGAGUAAAAACGAUAGAAGAUAAGUUACAUACUGAGGGUAUUGUGCUAUUUGUAAAUCCUUUAUUUUAUGAAACAAUGGUUGCCUUGAAUGCCCGCCUCAAAUCAUUUAAUAGAUGUGUGAUAUCAUUGCAACUAGAUAUUAAUGCUGUAUGUAAAGCUGGAUUUUUUUAUUCAGGCAAUGGUUAUACUGAUAGUUUGACUUGUUUUUAUUGUGGUGUUACUAUCAUUAAAUGUAAUGGAGACUUUGACCCAUGGGAAGUACAUGCCGAAAUGUCGAAAACUUGUAAUUAUUUGUUUUUAAAGAAAGGCAAAAGCUUUUGCGACAGGGCGAAUGACGUGGAAAGCGAUGAAAUAAAAUCCAAUCAACUGAAAUUAUUCAAGUUGAUUGCUGCAAAGAAAAAUACACUCACACUCAAAUCUAAAAUGAGUAUACAAUCAACAAAAAAGCAUUUUAAGGAGAUAAAAAUUACCAAAAUAUUAUCUGAUAAAAUUGAGGAGCAUCUUUUUCAAAAGCUAGCACCAAAUUUAUUACCAGAUAAUAUGUUAUGCAAAAUUUGCUAUAAAGAAGUAAUCGAAGUUGCUAUUGUCCCUUGCGGUCAUGCUAUUGCCUGCAUUGAAUGUGCUUUAUCGUUUAAUUAUUGCUCCAUGUGUAGAAUGUCAUGCUCAAGAUUAAUUAGAAUACAUUUAUGUGUGAAUAAAAAAAAUGAUGAAAAUCUCAAACUAAAACCGUGCAGUUCAAAAAUGUCUUCAGGCGAUGAAUUGAACCCAAAGCUUUGCAAAGUUUGUCUUAAAGAAGAAAUGUCAACAGUAUUUUUACCUUGUAGACAUGUCUAUACCUGUGUUAAAUGUGCAGAAGAAACAAGUGAGUGCCUUGUUUGUAGAGAAGAUGUCUAUUCUUUUAUUAAAAUAUACUUAUAAGCUUUACAUAACACAUUUUUAUUUUUUUAUUUUUGUGACUUGUGUCUACCAAUAAAAUGACAUAUUUUUAAUAAUAAGCAAUGCAUAAAAUAAUAACAAUAACACUUAGUUAGGUUUUAUAAUGUAGAGUUUCAUAAUGUAAAAUAAAUAUUUAUUAUUACUAACUAUUAAGUGUCGUCAUUAUUGUAUGUCUGACUAGAAAUACCUUAUUGUUUUUAGGUAAAUCAUUUGUGUUUAAUGCAUUAAUGAAUCAUUUUAUAUAACUUAUUUUUUUAAGUAUCUUAAGUUUUAAUUUAACUUGUGUAUUAUUCAUUUUUUUUUUGUGAUAAAUAAAAGCCAAAGGCUUUUUAAGGUGGUUGAAGUCGGUUAAAUGAAUGGGCCAAGUAUAUUUUCUAAAAUAUACCUAAUAGAGAUUUUUUUGAAACAUAAAUUUAUUACUUCUGUGUGAUAGAACACUAUUUCUUUAUUUUAAAUAUUUUUAAAAUGACUUAAACCACUUAAAUUAUUUGUAGAUAUGUGUUUAUGUUUUUUUACAUUUAUUUGAAUUCAAUUAUUUUACAUACAUUUUUUUUAAUUAACUUAUUUAUUAUUCAAGUGUGUAAUAUUU